CAAGCGUAAGCCCAGACGCGGAUUGCCGGGGCUCAGUGCCGGAGCGGAGCGCAGGAGUUUUUGCCAUCACCGAGAGGCCGUUUGCCAACGGCGUCUCGGGUUUAGAGAGGCAACAUGGUAUUAAUUUGUCCGUCUUAGUGCUCAAGAAGAACAAGACAAAAAAAGACGACAAGACAACACCAUCAUAUCUUCAAAGUUAAGGCCCGCAAGCCUUUCCACUUCAUCAUGGUCGACAUUCUCAAACGAGCUUGCGCCCCCCUCAAGGGCCCGGCGACACCUCCUAGUAAUACCAUCCUGCCCAAGGGUCACCGCCGGCAGCCCAAUAGCCGGACUCUCCCCGUUCCUAUUUCUUUUGACCAUAACCAGCCCUUCUCCAUGAGAGAUGGCGUCACAAUCCGAGCCGACAUCUACCGGCCCACGGAUUCUGGCCCGGUUCCCGCCAUCAUAAUAUGGGGUCCCUACGGAAAAUCGGGCUCUGGUCCUCUGAACCUGGCCUCGUUCCCGCUCCGGUGCGGCAUCCCGGAAUCCGCCCUUUCAGGUUACGAGUCGUUCGAAGGACUGGACCCGGCCGAGUGGGUGGGCCGAGGCUAUGCCAUUGUCAACGCCGAUGCGCGCGGCUCGGGCGACUCCGAGGGCGACAUCCGCUGGUGGGGUCGGGGAGAGGGCGAGGACGGUCAUGACCUGGUUGAGGCCAUCGCCUCCCAGCCGUGGUGCUCGGGCCGCGUGGCUUUUGCGGGCAACUCGUGGCUGGCCAUUGCUCAGUGGUUCAUUGCGAGCCAGCGCCCGCCUCACCUGACCUGCAUCGCGCCCCUCGAAGGUACAUCUGAUUUGCACCAGGAGCAACUCUGCCGCGGUGGAAUUCCCGACGUUGGGUUCGCCGGACUCAUUGCUCAUUCGCUACCUGGUCGACAGCAGCAGGAGGAUGUAGUAGCCAUGCUUGAAAAACACCCCAACUACAACGAAUACUGGCAGGACAAGCGCGCCGACAUCGGUCUGAUUCAGGUCCCGGCCUACAUCGGCGCAAGCUACUCUUCCAACCUCCACACUCUAGGUUCCUUUCGAGGGUUUGAAGAGAUUCCCCACGAAAAAAAAUGGUUGGUGGUACAUGACACGCAAGAGUGGUACGACCUCUACAGCCGGGAGCGCACUGAGGACCUGGCGCGCUUCUUCGAUUUCUACAUGAAGGACGCCAAGAACGGGUGGGAAGAGACCCCGACCGUCCGCAUCUCGCUGCUGGGCUUCAACAUGCCCAACGAGGUCCAGUCGCUUCCGCAUCUCCCUUGGCGUGCGUCGGGCGCGAAGAGGACGAAGCUCUACCUGGACGCCGAUCAGUCCCUCAGCCCGACGGCGCCACGGAGCGCCGAACCGGCCGUCCUCGCAUACCAGGCGGACGCACCCACGCGGCAGACGGGCGACGACCCGGACGAGCUGGCCUUCAAGUACACGUUUCCCACGCGGACCACGCUGGCGGGGCCGAGCACGCUGGUCGUGCACGUGGCGUCGGAGCAGCAGGAUGACCUCGACGUCUGGGCGCAGCUGCGCAAGGCCGGCGCCGACGGCGCCCUGCUGCAGAGCCUCAACAUCCCACUGGGAAAGCUGGGCCUGUCGUCGCCCGCCGAGGUGCCGGAUGUGUGCACCCUCAAGCACCUGGGUCCGAUUGGGAUGCUGCGCGCGUCGUCGACAGCAAGGGCCAAGCCGACCGGGCCGGGCGAUGUGGUCAGGCUGGAGAUACCCAUCGAGCAGGGCGGCAUGGUCUUUGAGGCGGGCGAGAAGCUCGUCCUCAAGCUGGCGGGGCAUGAGAUGCGGCUCGUCGACCUGCUGCUGCUACAGGGUGCUUUCAAAACGACGAACCGCGGGAAGCAUCUUGUUCAUUUCCAGGCCGACAGGCCUAACUAUCUCGAGGUUUUUGUCCAAUAGCUUUAUAGAAUAGGUUCGGAUGCGGUUUUUAUGUAAGCUACAUCAAAUCAGCAUAAGCAUAGCAAAAACCACCAUCAAAAGAACAUGUGCACUAUCAUGUCUAAAAUCGGCCCGUCAAGCCU